UCUGAAGUGACACAAUGGAACCUACGAGGAUAGAAAAGAUGGAGGCAGCGCGCGAGCGCACGCAUAGAAACUUCUACCUCUCUAGCUGGAGGCUGGUCAUCUAUUGUUUCUUAUUCAUUGUUUCUUAUUAAGGAAAAACAAAAAAAGGACAUCACUAAUGAAGGAAAAUAAGUUCAAUACACUGAACGUGGACAAGGGUAGGAAAACUUUAAACGCGUAUUUGAUUUGAUUGUGCGCAAAUUACGCAUCGUUUUCUCUUCAACAACUGAGCUGUUAUGGGAACCCCUCUUUCUGUUGUGAGGGUGUGCUGAAUUUUUACAGCUGCUGUCAUCUAAGAAAUAUAUAUAUAUUUUUUAAAUAUGAUGAAGAAGGACAUGAUUUUAAACCUGGCAACUUCCACAAAUUUAAAGCCCAAUCUCCGCGACACCGAGAGCAUCCUCAUCUCCCCGGACCUUGGCCUGCUGAAACUGGCCUCCCCGGAGCUAGAGAGACUCAUCAUUCAGUCCAACGGAAUGGUCACAACAACACAGACCUCUCAGUUCCUCUACCCCAAGUCGGUAACCGACGAACAGGAGUUUGCAGAGGGAUUCGUCAAGGCUCUCGAGGAUUUACACAAACAGAACCAGCUGAACGGCGGAACGUGUGCUCAAACGAACAGUAUGGACUUAAGCACCAACGUUGCUCCUGUCACCAUGCACCUGGACCUACCCGUCUAUACGAACUUGAACAGUUACGGCAAUGGGCCUUUGGGCACCACUGUCAAUUACUCCACAGACACUGUCCCCUUCCCACCACCUCCCUCUCAUCAUUUAGGCUCCACACAACAGCAAGCGCAUUCCCGGCUGCAAUCCUUGAAGGAUGAGCCGCAGACAGUCCCUGACGUGCACAGCUUCGGCGACAGUCCGCCACUGUCGCCUAUCAACAUGGACACGCAGGAGCGCAUUAAAGCAGAGAGGAAAAAGCUGCGGAAUAGAAUUGCUGCGUCCAAGUGUAGAAAGAGGAAACUGGAGAGGAUAUCCAGACUCGAGGACAAAGUUAAGAACCUAAAAACUCAAAACACUGACCUAGCCUCAACGGCAAAUGUACUCCGGGAACAAGUGGCUCAGCUAAAACUAAAGGUUUUGAAUCAUGUGAACAGCGGAUGCCAGUUAUCACCACAUCAAGUUGAAGUGUACUAGUAGCAGGAUGACAUUUGUCAACCAGCAUAAAUAAGCUCAUUAACCUUUUUUUGUUGGCUCUCAAAUAUUUCCACUAUGUGCAUGGAGCCAACGACGUUACAGACUGAAAGGACUUCACUAAUGUACGUUUUUGUAUACUGUUUACACAUUAUUUCUCAUGGGUGUACUUUACAUAGACAGUCCCAAGACUUGACCAAACCAGCAUACCGCCAUUGUAUUACUAUAUCAUAGCCUUAUACUGAAAGUAAAAAGUAUUUGCAUGUUUAUUGACAAACUCGAAUGUUACCUAACAGGGUUGGGCACAUGCCAUUUCUUAUGCAUUUUAACGUUUUUAAGCAAGCAUUUAUGAACAUAUUACAUGUACAUUUUAUAUUCAAUGCUCCACAGUGUCUUAUUUCAGUAUUUUCUUAUAUUAAUGUGAAGCUGUCAUCUUUUGUUGCACUGAAUAGUUUAUUUCACAUUCCUAUUUUUACUUGGAUUCUGAUAUCAAAUAAACUUUGCUUGAUAAUACAAGUUACAUGUUUUGCUGUCUGUUGUGUUCAUUUUCUGAUCAAUUUUGAUGCAACAACAACAGAGCAAGAUCCUGUACCCAAUGUCUCCACUGUAGGCCUUUAUACCAGUUGCGUUUGCACAAUAGACUCAA